AUGUUGCACCUUCUUUUCCUUACCUUGACGACACUCCAACUAGUCGAGGCACAAGGAAAGUUAUGUGGCACCUACGGUAACAAUUGGUCAGCUGAGAUCCGAUGCCUCCGCGCUUUGCUCUCUCAAUGUCAGGGAGGACGAUCCGGUAGCGGGCGUGACACUCGUUCCAACCCGGUCUUUCCACGACAAGACUACCGACCAAUGUAUCAACCUGUAUAUAAACCUGAGGGAAACCAUCACUUUGAACGGGUCGAACCAUGGCGAUUUUAUACCACUGCUGCCCCUACUACCACUGUCGCUCCAAUUGACGUGUGUUCUGAUUGUGAAGAAAAAGUGAAAGCCAGUUUAAUCGACGAUUUGGAUAGCAAAUAUACAAAACUUGAAGCGGAUUUUGAUGAGAGAAUGAGGGCUCUCGAGCAACGGCUGGACUCCGCAGGCCAGGGCAACAACUUCGAGCUGGAGAAGGAGCUUCGAGGAUUGAAGAAAAAACUAGAGCUUUUAACCAGUCGCCUACAUCAUCGCGGGAACAAAGAAUAUGCCUACAUGGAACGAAAAGAGUCGUGGUACGACGCGUCGGAGCAGUGUCAUCUGUGGGGUGGUCGUCUGGCAAAGCCGAACAAUAAGGAUGAAAAUGUGUAUUUGGCAAAAUUGCUUCCAUCUGGUACAAAUGCGUGGAUUGCCAUCAACGAUAUUCAAAAUGAAGCGCACUUUGUUGAUGAUAAGAAUGGAGCGAGUAAUUAUACUCGGUGGAGUAAGGGCCAGCCCGACAACGGCAAUCACAACGAAAACUGCGUCCUCAUCCACUCGAACAGCGAAUGGACCGAUGAAUUUUGCAUGAUCGCCCGCGACUUUUUGUGCGAGCGC